GUGGGCUCUUCCGGCUUACCCUUACUGCCUGUUGCCCUUGGUGUGGCCGCUGCUCGAGGCCCGGCGGCAGCGGGGAACGGUAACGGCAGGGGAUUGCGCGGGAGAGCGGGAGCAGCCGACGUGGCGUUUCUGUGGUACUGGUGUCAGCCUUCUCCGGGAGCGCUUCGCCCGCAGUCAUGGUGAAUUUUGCCCAAGCUGUGCGUGAUCACUGGGUUCACAUCUUCGUUCCAUUGGGAUUUGUGAUUGGAUGCUAUUGGGACAGAAAGAAUGAUGAAAAACUGUCUGCCUUCAGAAACAAGAGCUUGUUAUAUAGAAGAGAGUUGAAGCCUGGUGAAGAAGCUACAUGGAAGUAAAGGCUGCUGAUGAAACGGAAACUAUUUUCAUUGGAAUAUGCAGAGCUACAGAGAAGGACACCUGUGAUUCAUCAGUUCUAGUUUAAUGUCCAAUUCACUUUUUGGACGAUGAUUUAAUUACAUUACUAAUACGUGUCCAGGAAUUUUAGUAGUCUAUACCUGUUUAAAAACUUGUCUGCAAAUUCAUACUCUGGAGAGGGGAAGGAAGAAUUAUGUAAUAAAGAAAAACU